AUGGAAACAAUAGUUCUUUACCCAUCUCCAGGCAUGGGCCACCUCAUCCCGAUGGUGGAGCUCGGAAAACUCAUCCUCCGCCACCACCCAUCUGCCGCCGUCACCAUCCUCACCGCCCCUCCCUCCUUCAACACCGGCUCCACCGCCGCCUACAUCCGCUGUGUCUCCUCCGCUGUCCCCUCCAUCACCUUCCACCACCUUCCCGCCGUCAACCUCGACCUCCAGUCCUUCCCCUCCAUGGAGGCCGUCAUCUUCGAGACCCUCCGCCUCAGCGACCCCCACGUCCGCCGCGCCCUCGAGUCCAUCUCCGCCGUGGGCCCCGCCAUCUCCGCCUUCAUCAUCGACUUCUUCUGCGUCUCCUCCCAGCCCAUCGCCGCCGAGCUCGGGAUCCCGACCUACUACUUCGGCACCUCCGGCGCCACCGCGCUGGCGUUAUGCCUCCACUUUCCGGAAGUCAACCGCUCCACCACCGUGAGCUUCAAGGACAUGAAGGACACGCUCCUCGAUUUCCCGGGCCUGCCGCCUUUCCCGCCUUCCGACAUGCCGUUGCCGUUUCUUGAUCGGGAGACCUUCGACUACAGGAAGUUUCUAGAAUGUUCUCUCGGCUCAUCGAGUUCGGAUGGAAUAAUUCUCAACACAUUCGAGAGUUUGGAGGUUAGGUCUCUGAAAUCGAUAAGAGAAGGCGAGUGCAAUCCGGACGGGCCGGCUCCGCCGCCGGUUUUUACAAUUGGGCCGCUUCUUGCAUCCGAGGACAGGAGUACAAGCGGCCCAGCCCACGAAUGCUUGGGCUGGCUCGAUAAGCAGCCCAGUAAAAGCGUGGUCUACUUAUGCUUCGGCAGUUUGGGCCUAUUUUCGGAGGCCCAAUUGAAGGAAAUCGCGAUAGGGUUGGAGAAAAGCGGCCACCGGUUCCUGUGGGUGGUCCGAUCGCCGCCGAGCGGCGACGAGAGCCGACGAUUCCUUCCGCCGCCGGAGCCGGAUCUGGAAUCGCUCCUGCCGGAGGGGUUUCUGGACCGGACGGCGGGCAGGGGCCUGGUGGUGAAGUCGUGGGCCCCGCAGGUGGCGGUGCUGGGGCACGGAUCGGUGGGCGGGUUCGUGACUCACUGCGGGUGGAACUCGGUGCUGGAGGCGGUGCGGGCGGGAGUGCCGAUGGUGGCGUGGCCGCUGUACGCGGAGCAGAAGGUGAACCGGACGGUGAUGGUGGAGGAGAUGAGGGUGGCGCUGAGGAUGGAGAUGGCGGAGGAUGGGUUCGUGGCGGCGGAGGAGGUCGAGCGGCGGGUGAGGGAGCUGAUGGGGGAGGCGGAGGAGGUGAGGAAGGUGGUAGAGGAGAAGAGCUUGGAGGCGGCGGCCGCCAUGGCCGAAGGAGGUUCCUCCAUUGUUCAGCUUGGGAAGCUUUUUCUGUCGUGGAAGAAAGUAAAAAUGGAAACCAUAGUGCUGUACCCAUCUCCUGCCAUGGGCCACCUUAUCUCCAUGGUGGAGCUCGGAAAAUUCAUACUCCGCCACAACCCAUCGGCCGCCAUUACCAUACUUACCGUCCCUCCUUCUUUCAACACCGGCUCCACCGCCGCCUACAUCCGCCGUGUCUCCUCCGCCGUCCCCUCGAUCACCUUCCUCCACCUACCCGCCGUCCACCUCGACCUACACGCCUUCCCCUCCAUGGAGGCCGUCAUCUUGGAAACCCUCCGCCUCAGCAACCCCCAAGUCCGCCGCGCCCUCGGCUCCAUCUCCGCCCCCGUCUCCGCCUUCGUCAUCGACUUCUUCUGCUCCUCCUCCCAGGCGAUCGCCGCCGAGUUCGGCAUCCCGACGUACUACUUCAUAACCUCCGGCGCUGCCGCCACGGCGUUCUUCCUCCACUUCCCGGUGGUCCACGGCACGACCGCCGUGAGCUUCAAGGACAUGAGGGACACGCUCCUCAAUUUCCCGGGCCUGCCGCCGUUCCCGCCGUCCGACAUGGUGGAGCCGGUGCUCGAUCGGGAAUCCACCGACUACAAGAUCUUUCUAGAAUAUUCUAUCAACAUGUCAAUUUCAGAUGGAAUAAUUGUGAACACAUUCGAGAGUUUGGAGGCUAGGACUCUGAAAUCGAUAAGAGAAGGGGAGUGCAAUCCGGACGGGCCGGCUCCACCGCCGGUUUUUACAAUUGGGCCGCUUCUUGCAGCCGAAGACAGGAGUACAAGCGGCCCGGCCCACGAAUGCUUGGGCUGGCUCGACAAGCAGCCCAGUGAAAGCGUGGUCUACUUAUGCUUCGGCAGCUUGGGCUUAUUUUCUGAACCCCAACUGAAGGAAAUCGCGAUAGGGUUGGAGAAAAGCGGCCACCGGUUUCUGUGGGUGGUCCGGUCGCCGCCGACCGGCGACGAGAGCGGCCGGUUCCUGCCUCCGCCGGAGCCAGAUCUGGACGUCCUCCUGCCGGAAGGGUUCCUGAACCGGACGGCUGGCCGGGGACUGGUGGUGAAGUCGUGGGCCCCACAGGUGGCGGUGCUGGGGCACGGGUCGGUGGGUGGGUUCGUGACCCACUGCGGGUGGAACUCGGUGCUGGAGGCGGUGCGGGCGGGCGUGCCGAUGGUGGCGUGGCCGCUGUACGCGGAGCAGAAGGUGAAUCGGGCGGUUUUGGUGGAGGAGAUGAGGGUGGCGUUGAGGAUGGAGAUGGCGGAGGAUGGGUUUGUGGCGGCGGAGGAGGUGGAGCGGCGGGUGAGGGAGCUGAUGGGAGAGGCGGAGGAGGUGAGGAGGGUGGUGGAGGAGAAGAGCUUGGAGGCGGCGGCGGCCAUGUCGGAAGGAGGUUCCUCCAUUGACACCGUCGUCCUGUACCCCUCGCCGGAGCACCUCAACUCCAUGCUCAUCCUCUCCAAGUUCUUCAGCAAACACCACCCCACCCUCCCCGUCAUCAUCCUCUGCUCCGCCCCCGAAUCCGCCGCCUCCUCCGUAUCCUCCCUCCCCUCCGUCACCUACCGCCGCCUCCCCCCCGUCGCCACUCCUCCCAACUUCACCAAACACCCCGUCGAGCGCUUCUUCGAGAUCUCCCGCCUUGACAACCCAAAUCUCCGGCAGGCCCUCCUCCAGAUCUCUGAGAAAUCGAGGAUCAGGGCCGUCGUAAUGGACUAUUUCUGCAACCCGGCGUUCGAUGUCUCCACCGGCCUCGGCAUCCCCACCUACUUCUACGUCAGCAGCGGCGCGUUUGGCCUCUGCAUUUUCUUCAAUUUCCCGACGAUCGACGAGAAGAUCGGCGAGCAGGACCUCGGCAGCCUCAACGACUUCGUCCAAGUCCCCGGCUGCCCGCCGAUCUACUCAUCGGAUUUUCCCAACGGCAUGUUUUUCCGGCGGACCCCCAUAUACCAGCACUUCCUCUCCGCCGCCAACAACAUGCUGAAGUCGGCCGGGAUCUUGGUGAACGCGUUCGAUGCGCUCGAGCCGCGGGCCAAGGAGGCGCUCGACUCCGGCGCGUGCGUCCCCGGAGGCUCGACACCGCCGGCGUUCUUCGUCGGGCCGCUCGUCGCGGAGGCGUCCGGCGGCGGCGGCGGCGACCGCCACGAGUGCCUGCAGUGGCUCGACGAGCAGCCGUGCCGGAGCGUGGUCUUCCUCUGUUUCGGGCGCAGAGGGCUGUUCUCGGCGGAGCAGCUGAGGGAGAUGGCGGUGGGGCUGGAAGGCAGCGGCCACCGGUUUCUCUGGUCGGUCAGGAGCCCGCCCGGCGCGGCGGAUGGGGAGCCGGACCUGGAGGCGCUGCUGCCGGAAGGGUUUCUGGAGAGGACCAAGGGCAGGGGAUUCAUUAUAAAGUCGUGGGCCCCACAGAGAGAAGUGCUGGACCACGCGGCGGUGGCCGGAUUCGUGACCCACUGCGGCCGGAGCUCCAUCCUGGAGGCUUUGAUGCGCGGGGUGCCGAUGAUCGGGUGGCCAAUGUACGCGGAGCAGAGGAUCAACAGGGUGUUCAUGGUGGAGGAGAUGGGGGUGGCGCUGCCGCUGGAGGAUGGAGAAGAUGGGUUCGUGGCGGCAGCGGAGCUGGAGAAGCGGGUGAGGGAGCUGAUGGAUUCGAAGGCGGGCCGGGCCGUGAGAGAACGGGUCGAGGAGAUGAGGAGGGCGGCCGAGGCGGCGGUCGGGGAGGGCGGGUCGUCGGUGGCGGAACUGAAU